AUGCCCCCAAUGACCCAGAGCGACAAGACGACAAGACAGUCUUCCGCCAGCAAAGGGUUCUUCCGACGCCACCGAGACAACAAAGUUGACAGUCGCUAUGAAGGAAAUGGCAGUCUUGAAUCCACCCAUGCCAACGCCCAUGCCAAUACCAAUACCAAUGGCUCCUGGGGCUCACGGCAUUCAAAGAGGGAGUCGGUCGUCUCGAACGAGGGCCAGGAACCUGAUACUUCAGGCCUGGCCAUGACCGCCGGUGUCAUCACCUCCAUACCGUACUCGGCGACGGCCGACUCGCGCGCCCCCGUAUCGGUGGAUUAUCUGCCGCGGGAUGACCAGGUCCCAACCAGAAAAGAGCCUCAACCGCAUCAACUCGCGCGAGGCUCGGACUUCCACCAGUAUCCUGCUUUCAACGGAGCCGCAAAUGGCGCGUCUCACCCAACUGGGCCCCGUCCCCCUCCUCAUUCCUCCAGUGUGAAUGGGCUUACAAUGGCUACAAGCCAGGCCGGUGAUCGGGGUACGAAAUACCAGCAAUGGGGUCGACCGGGCAGUAGCAACGGGCCACAGCACAACGCGUAUGAUUCUGUCUCCACGAAUGACUCCUAUGCAGGACACAGAAGAUCGUUCGACGGGGCCAGUAUCAAGUCAACGGCCUCGUCGGCGACCAGGGGAUCUAGCCUCUUCUCAUCCGAGAGUUCUUCCAGAACCGCAAUACCAUCGCGACAGGAUACAGACUCGUCUGUUACGGUCAUCUCCCCCACCUACUCAAGACUUUCGAAACUCAGUUCACAUUCCGGCUGGCCGGCCCAACAAGCUUCGGCCUUCAGUUCGACGGCCUCCUUCACUCCCGCGGGAUUCUAUCUCCCUAAACCACAAAGUGAAGCCGAGAUCGAAAAGUUGUUUCUCCAGCUGAUGCACAAGCGUGGUUGGCAGAAUCUCCCCGAGCAAGCUAAGCGGCAAAUGAUGGCAUAUGCCCCGGCCAAGAAAUGGACUCUCGUUCACCAAGACAAGUUGACCGAGUGGCAGGGUGAGCAGAAGAGAAGGCAGCAAGCAAGACAAACUGGCACCAUCGAUGGGGCCACUCCCCGUGAUGUGGAGGGGACCCCGGAAUGGUAUGUAAGGAAGAUCGUCGACAACACCAUUUCAUCGAAACAGCUUCAGAGCCUGAGUGUCAGUCUACGCACCCAACCGAUCAGUUGGGUAAAGGCUUUCAUCGAGGCACAGGGGCAGAUUGCCUUGACCAAUGUUCUAAUAAAGAUUAAUCGGCGUCAAGCCAGUGGACCAACUCCCCUCAACAAUACCACCUCGGCCGACAAGGAUCUCGACAGAGAAUACGACAUUGUCAAGUGCCUGAAGGCUCUGAUGAACAACAAGUACGGCGCGGAUGAUGCCUUGACGCAUGAACAGAUACCCGUGGCUAUGGCCACCUGCUUAAUAUCCCCCCGUCUUACCACGAGGAAGCUGGUGAGCGAAGUGCUGACCUUCCUCUGUCACUGGGAUGAAGGUCAGGGACACCUCAAGGUGCUUCAGGCCUUGGACCAGGUGAAAAACAUGAUCAACGAAAAUGGCCGCUUUGACGCUUGGAUGCGUAUCGUCGAAGUCACGAUCGAUGGCCGAGGCAAGAUGGGCAGCCUUGUCGGUGCCAGCGAAGAGGUCCGGAGCGGCGGGAUAGGUAUGGAGAAUCUGUUGAUGGAGUAUGCCGUGGCAACCUUGGUUCUCAUCAACAUGCUGGUCGAUGCUCCGGAAAACGACCUGCAAUUACGAUGCCAUAUCAGGGCUCAGUUCAUCGCUUGUGGGAUCAAGCGGAUCCUCGUGAAGAUGGAGUCCUUCCAGUACGAUGUCAUUGACAAGCAGGUUGCCAAAUUUCGCGAGAAUGAAGCCAUCGACUACGAAGAUCUGCUACAACGCGAAGGAAGCAGCAUGGUGGACAGCAUUGAGGGCGAAGUCAAGGAUAUGACGGAUCCGGUUCAGAUCACCGACGCCAUCAUGUCCAAGAUCCAUGGCACAAGAACUCAGGACUACUUCAUUUCAGCCAUGCAGCAUAUGCUGUUGCUACGGGACAAUAGCCCGGAUGAACGGUUAAGGAUGUUCCAACUCAUGGAUUCCAUGCUCAGCUAUGUUGCCAUGGACAGGAGACUGCCGGACAUGGAUCUGAAACAGAGCUUGAACUUCAGCGUGCAGAACCUCUUGGACAGGUUGCAUACCGACGAGGAAGCCCGGAUCGCCUUCGAUGAGGCCACCGAAUCCAGGCAGAUCGCAGAAGCCGCCAUCGCCGAACGAGAUGAAAUGGCAGAACAGGUCUCCCUGGGAGCGGAAGGAAUGGUCAGGAAGUUGCAGAAGCAAAUAGAAGAGCAGGCGGGCAUCAUCGAGAUGCAGUCCAGGCAAGCAGAGUCCCUCAAAUCCGAGGUGGCUGAACUUCAACGACUUCGGGCUCAGGAGUUGCAGCGGAAUGAGCUGGAAACCAGGGAGCUGUAUCUGAUGCUUCGAGAUGCCCAGGACGUUGCGGCCUCGCGGGCUGCUAAAGAGGGAGUGGCCACACACGAUCCCACUCAGAUGCAAGGGAUCCUGGACCGGGAGAAGUUGAUGGACCGCCUCGAGCGCAACCUUGAGCGGACUAAGACCCAGUUCAAACUCGAAGGCAAGGUCUGGGGCCAAACCGGGCCGUCUGAUCGACUCAGAGAGCUUCGCGAGAAGAUGGACGAUGCAUUGGAUGUUGAUUUCCAGGAAAAGACGGAACGGCAUCUUACCAACAGUGUUAUCGGAAGUGUCCAUCGGAGCAAUGCCCACAAAGGACCCCGGAGAGCUGCUGUGGAGGCUCUGGCCAUCAGUGAGGAGGCCGGCCAGGAGACAGACGUGGAGGAGGAGGUCAUCUACGAAACACCACGCCUCGUGGAAUUUUCCAGACCGAAGAUCAGCGCUGAUCAACAGGCAAGCCUGCUGAGCGAGAUCACUUCUAGGGUCAAGAAGAUGGAUGUUGACGGUGAUGAUGCCGCACCAGAAGGCGAUGAUGCCGGCAUCACCACCGGCCCGACUCAUCCGAGUCUGGAUUCCACAUCGCCCAAGACGCCCUUGGACGAAGUACAACUGGAAGUGAAAUUUGACGGGCCUCCCCCUCCUCCACCGCCGCCACUACCGCCAGCUGCAUCGGACUCCUCGACGCCCUCGCUCAUUCCAGGUUUCGAGGCUGGCGCUCCUCCGCCUCCACCGCCGCCAGCGCCGCCUCUGCCAUCUUUGCCGGGCUUCACGGGCGGUCCACCACCGCCUCCGCCGCCGCCCCCAGGGUCACUACCCAUGAGCCCGGUAUCGCCGAUACCUCCUCCUCCCCCUCCGCCAGGUGCACCGCCGCUUCCUGGCGCUGCACAUGGCCACUUCAUGCCCCAAUCACCACUGUCACCCGUGACCAUGCUGAAGAACCCUGUCAUGCGUCCAAAGAAGAAACUGAAAGCCUUCCAUUGGGACAAGGUCGAUACGCCUCAGGUCACCGUUUGGGCGGAGACUGCGAAGGCCGAAUCGAAAGAAGAGAAAUACCGAGAGCUGCAGCGAAAGGGCGUCCUUGACGAGGUUGAGAAGCUCUUUAUUGCCAAAGACGUCAGAAUCAUCGGGGGCGGCUCCGGUAAGGGCAAGGAUGAAAAGAAGCAGAUCAUCAGCAAUGAUAUGAGGAAGAACUUCCACGUCUCCAUGGCCAAGUUCAAGAACGACUCGGUUGAUGAUGUUGUACGAAAGAUCAUCCAUUGCGACAAGGAGGUGCUCGACAAUAAUGUGGUGAUGGACUUUUUGCAGAGAGAAGAUUUGUGCAACAUCCCGGAGAACAUUGCCAAAUUGAUGGCGCCGUACAGCAAAGACUGGACGGGGCCGGAUGCCACGAACUCGAAGCGCGAACAAGAUCCUUCGGAGCUGACGAGAGAAGAUCAGAUCUUUCUGCAAACCGCGUUCGAAUUGCACCAUUAUUGGAAGGCAAGGAUGCGGGCGCUCGCUCUGACGAGGUCCUUCGAAUAUGAGUAUGACGAAAUCUCCGGCAAACUCAAGCAGAUUGUCAAUGUGUCCGAGUCCAUUCGCGACUCGACCUCAUUGAUGAGCGUGCUGGCCCUCAUUCUUGACAUUGGAAAUUACAUGAACGACUCGAACAAGCAAGCGACGGGCUUCAAGCUGAGCUCGUUGGCCCGUCUAGGCAUGGUGAAAGAUGACAAGAACGAAACCACCUUUGCCGAUUUGAUUGAGCGUAUCGUUCGGAACCAAUACUCUCAGUGGGAAGUCUUCAUUGAGGACAUUGCCGAUGUUGUGGUGGCCUCGAAACUGAAUGUGGACCAACUGCUGCAGGAUGCGAAGAAGUACAUUGACAACAUCAAGAACGUCCAGGCUUCGCUUGACGCGGGUAACUUGAGUGAUCCUAAGAAGUUCCAUCCUCAAGAUCGUGUUGCACAGGUUGUACAAAGGUGCAUGAAAGACGCCCGACGGAAAGCGGAGCAACUGCAGCUAUUCGUGGAAGAGACAUCAAGGACUUAUGAUGAUAUAAUGACCUACUUCGGUGAAGACAACCAGGACGAUAAUGCUAGACGAGAUUUCUUCAGCAAGCUUGCCGGCUUCGUGACGGAGUGGAAGAAGUCUCGCGAGAAGAACAUGACUCUGGAAGAGAAGAAGCGGCGUCUCGAGGCGAGCAUGGCCAGAAAGAGAGCACAAGUCAGUAUCCCUGCCAGCGGCGGAGUCAGCGGAACAGAAACUCCUGGCAGCCCACCGGCCAAUGGUGCCAUGGAAACUCUUCUCGAGAAGCUUCGUGCUGCCGCACCUCAGGUCAAAGAUCAGCGGGAUCGAAGACGACGGGCUAGAUUGAAGGAGAGACACGAUCAACGGAUUGCUAGUGGCCAACAAAUACCCGAUCUGCCCGUCAAGGAAGGCCCGAAAGAGAACGGUGGUCUCGCCGAGGCGGCAGACCAGCCAAGCCAGGACAACCUCAUUCCGGAAGAUGGGACCACAGGCAGGGGCAAUGUGAGCGAAAGCGAAGAUGUUGCUGAUCGAGCUCUGAAGGCUCUUCAAGAGAUGAGAAGUUCUGCGCCGUCGAACGGGGAAGAAAUCGACGUACGCAGGCGAAGAGAAGGGGCGGAUGAAGAGCGGAAAAACCGAAGGUUGAGACGACGGACAGCACAUCAGAGCAGUACUGUUGCCAGGGAUUCUGUUCCUGUCCAGGCUCGAGCCGAGACGAAAGCAGACGAAUCUGCUCCUGAGCACCCAUCUUCCAAUGCUGAUGGGGUCGAUGGCGACGUCUCGGCCGAUGACAAACGAUCAUCUGGAGCCACUUUGAGCCCUGUGUUGAGUCAACCUCCACCCGCGAUCAUUGUCAGUCCAACGCCGGACGACGAGCCUUCAGAAGAGGCUGGCCAAACCCAUGGUGAAGACGACGUCGGUUCGGGAAGUGAAACUGUGACGUGA